CGCAGGCAAUAUGAUCGGCCAUAGGUGCGCGUCGGUAGUUCGAGAAUCGCUUCGACAAAUUGGCGAUCGCUUCCUCCUUGCUUCUACAAGUGGCACGAGGGAUGUCGAAGGGCAUCGUAUUAUCCUAUUCAUAGGAUUUCUUGAGAAUACCGGCGUCCCCGCGCAAACAAACUUUUGAUCGCGACUGCGUUCUUGUACAUUUUAUUAGGAGUUAAUAAAGCCCUAAACUGGCGAUGGCGCUUAACCCGUCAUACGAGGCGAUCGGCAAGGGAUUCGUUCAGCAGUAUUAUGCGCUGUUCGAUGAUCCUACGCAGAGGCCAAACUUAAUUAAUAUGUACAAUACUGAAUCAUCCUUCAUGACGUUCGAGGGCCUUCAGAUUCAAGGUGCCAUCAAGAUCAUGGAGAAACUAACUAGUUUAAGUUUUCAAAAAAUUAACCGAAUAAUAACUGCCAUUGAUUCCCAACCUAUGUUUGAUGGGGGUGUUCUAAUCAACGUUCUAGGAAGGUUGCAGGCAGACGAAGACCCACCGCAUGCCUUCUCGCAGAUAUUUGUGUUGAAGCCACUGGGACCCUCGUUCUUCUGCCAACACGACAUCUUCCGCCUGGGUAUUCACGAUACUGUGUGAAUUAAGCAGCAAUGAAAAAACUAAAAAGAAAAAAAAUACAGCAACACGAAUGAACGAACGAGCAAACGAGCGAGCGAAGACUUAGAUAAACUCGAUAACAGUGGACAGUAAUGUUAUCAAGCCGCGGUCACACUCCGUAACACAUCGUACGUCGAGACAAGUGAGCUACUUUAAGAAAACUUUAUUUCUUUUAACAGACUAUUCUGGGUUUUUUUUUCUACAUAUAUCCUUCAAUCCAUUUGUCCCAAAUUGCUCUUAUUCUAUUGAUCCUUAUCCUCUCCUUUUGACUCCUCUUCAGUCAUUCGGCACCGACACUUUUUAUAUAAAGCAUUUUCGCUUAUAUAUAUAUAUAUAUACAUUGGCCACGGCUAAUUGCUAUUACCAAUAAAUACCAUUUAAUAAUUG